UGCUUAUGCCAUUGUCUGGUCCUGUUGUUACUUGUCUAGGUCCUUUAUCCUUGGCAGAAUAGUUAUUUAAUAAUGUUGUACAUUUUUUGGUAGCAGUUGUAACAUUCCUUUAUGGCAUCUUCUGCCAUGGAGCCUUUGUGCUCGCCAACGACAUCACUCCCGCAUGAUACACAACAUUUGUCUGAAGAAGCGGUUAUUACACCUGAGCGUUUAAUUUCACUUCAAAAACGCGCUAUAGAGCUUCUCAGUCUAUCUUCGAAUGUUUAUUUAGGCUGUCGGGACGAUGAGAGUGCUACUUUGUCUGACAUUAUCGAGUGUGGCAUUCGAGACAAAGUUGGUCGUGCCAUAUUUGUAUUUGGUGUCUGCGGUACUGGGAAGACCACCACGGUAAAUCACGUGGUCUCUGAGUGUUUAAAAGGGCGAUCGGAUAUCAAUAGUGUUACUAUUUCUGGUAGCUCUUACGUCUCUGCGUGGCAGGUUAUUCAAUCCAUAUAUGAUUUGGUUGUUAAACGUCGUGCUAGACGCUCUGACGUGGUGCCUAACGGUUCAAAGUGCAAGUUACUGAAUUACCGUGAUGUAUGCUCGUCAUUGGCCACUGCCUUUAGCCAAGCUCCACGAUACACUGUUUGUGUGAUGGAUGAGGUUGACUAUCUCCAAACAUUUGUGUUCAAUUCAGUAACUGGGAAGCAUUCGAAUUGGAUGUUACAGGCUUUAUUAAGUGCCAGUCAUGCUAGGGGCAGUCGUGUUCUUUUCAUCGCAAUAUCCAACAACCUCCGAUUGGCAACGUUGAUUACUGAGAAGCAGUGCCAAUUUUUACUAUUCAAGCCAUACACGGAACGGCAGAUAAUAUCUAUAAUCAAGGGCAAGCUUGCUUCAUUAGAGGUUCCUUACACUAGGAUCAUCAAGGACACAUCUAUUCUUCUGUUGGCACGUCGCGUUGCCAACACUUCUGGUGACCUACGCGCUUGUUUAGACACAUUUACUCGCGCAUUAGCUAACUCCAUGUCUGAUCUUGAGAUGCAGCGUGAUGACAUGGUGCCUACAUCUUAUGAGAACACUCCUGAGAGAUCCAUGGAGGAUUGUGAGACUCCCAAACGUGGCUAUAUAGAUGCUGUUGUAAACAGCUUGGAAUCAUUUCAAGUGGAUCAUCGUGACGUUGGCAGUUUGACUCCUACUCUAUCGUUAACCAAAUCUGCUUUAUUGGAGACUCGAGUGAAAUCGCUUCCGCUUAUGCAAUUGCUUACUUUACUAGCAAUUGCCAAAUCAGCUCGUGACGAUGACAACAUCGUUGUAUCACUCCAGUCAAUUAAGGUAUCACUACUCCAUCUUGCCGACAUGCUUAGUAUGGAGAAGACAGACGUGGAGAACUUUUGCCUAUCACAAUUUAGUGAGGCUAUUGACAUUUUCAAGGAGCUGGGUAUAAUUUCCAAAUCGGGCGUAUGCGGUAACGAUGAUAACCUGGUAUCGCUGCUAUAUGACCACAACACGUUAUCUAGUGUGGUGUUACCGAUAUCACCAGCUUUUGUCGGAUUGGACUUGGAGUUCACUAUGGAUGAGAUUGGUAUCCAGAAGUACAGUAAGAUAGCUAACAGUUUGAAUACAAGGCCUAUACACAAACGGCAACGGCGUAAGCUGUAUUAAUCAUUU